AUGACGCAACCCAAUGACGACAAUGACGAUGACGAUUAUAUCUUUCCUGAUGUUCCCAAACCCCCCAACGAAGGAUACAAUCAUUCCCUCACGGUCACCAAAAGUCCGACUUCUCCAGUGUCCUCGGGUUGGACGGUUCUUGAGGACCCCGACGGCUCAUUCGAUGCUAUAUCAGAACCCAAAGAUGAUGAAGAAUCUUCCGCCCAGUCUCUAUGCGCUUCGAACAACACCACACCCGAGCCGAAGGGAAAGUUGCCGUUGCCCACACCUUCCACCAAGGUCACCAUACCAGGACCAGCCACAACAUCGCAACCUACCUACAACAACAAACCCAAACAAUCUCCCCUUGUUUUUGCUCCAUCCCAGCUUCCGCCGAUCUCCAGGCUGAGGCCCCUAGAGCAAUUCUCAGAGCAGGACUUUAACGGUGGCACAACGGAGUCUCUGGGAGCCGGCCCCUCGCAAGGAAACCUGAAGAAGGAUGGCUUGAAUCCGACUGGUAGUCUUCGUGGAGAGGUUCUUCGCUCCGAACGCCUUUCCCAGCAGGACAAAGCUCAUGAGCAGUACUAUCGACAGCUGCUACGAUCCCGGGCAGUCCAGUCCAAUUACCGUGCCCGCGACCUCGAAGACCGUGCCGGCAAGGCCCCGGAUGCCGAUUGGCGCUGGUGCGGCUUCCCCGAGUGCCAGAAUGACGCCUGCCGGUAUGGCAAUCAAAAGCAGGACACCCAGGCUAUCGUGGCUGCUCGAGAUCUAGGCAGAGACUGCGACAUUCUGAAAGAUUUUCUCGAUACCUUUCGGUCUCAGACCUGGAGUUACUACACUGAGGUCCAUUGUCGGGUGUCUUUUGCCACUUCCCCUCCAGUCAUGCGUGCCGUUGCCCACUACCUAACUCACUUGGCUAAUCAGCAGGACGAUACGAUGGAGAUGUUGUUCGCUGUGCACUAUAGUCAAGCAACGGCACGGUUCGUUGUAAUGAGCAAUGGGUUCACUGGAAUGGACGAGCGACAAUUAGAGAGAAUCCACAUCAAGGAGAUGGACUCUGAUGUCGACGAUCAAGAUUCCAUUCCCACACCGAGAGUUAUCCUUCAGUUCAUUAUGCGACUCGAGGCGUGGAGGCAGAGGCAGAUCAAGGAAGGAUACCCCUGGGACUGGCCUUUAUCGGACGCUCUCAAGAUGUACAAGAUCAUACUUGAGACCUAUCGACAAACAGACGGCCGGGGCUAUUCGCUUCUAAAGGAUGUGGACAAGAAAGCCCAGGAUAAAGCUUGGUUGCUCUGGUGGGAUCGCCACCGCCCCUGGACCAGCUCAUGGAAGGGGAUUUUGGAGGGAAUUCUGUUUUUGAUGCUUGGAGUUAUGAGGGUGUGGGACAGUACAAGCCGCAUUGGUGGCCCAAUAGGCCAAGAGCACCUGGAGUGGACGCAUCUCUACAGCAUUGAAUCAGUUUGGGAUAUUAGACAUUGCUUAGUAUGA